AUGCCACUCAAACAAGCAAAAAUCAGUUACUUUAUCAACAGAGCACGACCACCACAAAAUGAGCCAUCGCAAAGUACCUCGGUGGACAAUGUUGAAUCUGCCGUAUCCCCAGUAGCCUCAAUACCCCAUGCGGCAAUGCCAGCCAUUUCAGGCGACUCCAAUGACGAGAACAAGGUCGUGUCUCAGAGUACCGGCAAGCGUAAACAAGAUGAAACAGUAGCACCUGAAGAAGAUGAUAGCGACGAUAGUGAGCCUCUAUUUAUGACCCCCACUCGACGACUGAAACAGCGUAUAAAGCAAAGCAAUCACGAAGAAGAUGAAGGAACAGUCGAUCAAGCAAACACGAGCGAUGAUGAGGAUGAUGAUGACAUAAUCAAACGGCGUCCAAGGAAACAAGAGAGAGAUGGCAGCUCAAUAGUCGAUCUGGAUGAUGAUGAUGAUGAUGAGAUCGUAAUCAAACGACGUCCAAGGAAACAAGAGAGAGAUGGCAGCUCAACAGUCGAUCUGGAUGAUGAUGAUGAUGAUGAUGAUGAGGUCACGAUCCAACGGCGUCCAAGGAAACGAGAGAGAGAUGGCAGCUCAAUAAUAGAUUUGGAGGAGGAGGAAGAUGAAGAUGACUCAAAACCAAUUCCCAAACGACGAUUACAUCAGCGACGUAUAAGCAAUGAAAACCCACAAGAAGAAGAUUGGAAAGAAGAUUUGGAGUUCCUUGGUGAAAACGAUGUAUACGAAGAACGCACACGUGGCCGCAAAAAGUCGGAUUAUGCAUUGGCUUUGGAUCGGUUGAAAUCACGGAAAAGGCGGGACUUUGCAGGAGAAGCUGGCCCAAUGGAUGACUAUUGUGAGCAUGAGGAUGAUGAAUCUGGUUCCGAUGAAUCAGACGAUGAUGAUGCUGAUGAUGAUACCGCCGCCUCUUCGAUUGAACAAGUGGAUACGGAUGAAGAAGAGCAAGAUGAUUUUGUGGUGGAUGAUGACGUUAUUGAUGGUGUCAAAGUUGUACCCUCUGAAAAGGACGAUUCAGCGAUCGCAUUACCAGAUGUUUUCAGCACCUCCCGAACACAAAAGUUCUCAACAAACUUUAAAGUUUAUGUGGAAAGCCUUGUUUAUGAACACUUUGGACUCGAUACACAAGCACCUUCACUCCAAUCAUCUGUACGAGUUGUCGAGCGCCGUGUGGGAGGAUUGAUGGAAUCGUUGAUCACAAGUGAUGCUUGGCUUCCGGAGUUCAAGGAAGCAUUGGACAAAUAUCCACGAUGGGUUACAGUUGGUCAUUGCAGAGGAUUGACAUGUGAAGGAUGUCGACAAAAUCGUCCAGCCAGCUUCCAAGCAUUGCUUACAUUCAAUCCUGAUGAUGAUGAUGAUGACAACAACAGCGAGGGUGAAGAAGAGGAUGAAGGUCGAAGUUUUGCCUUGGGAAGCGAGUGCUACAAGCGAGCAAAUGUGUAUCACCAAUUGGCACAUUUUCGAUCACAUACAUCCGAUGCAGUGCGCGAAGAAAUCGAAUCCUAUCCGAGUAUGCAAUCCUCCAUCGAAGAACACGUCUCCAAUAUCAUUGGCACCAUGCAUUCUGAUGGGUUUAUGAGCCGACUUUACACACAAGUUCGGCAAACCUUCAGGGAAGCACAACUCAAUUAUAUGAAAAAGAAGGCGACUGCUUGGAUUACAGACGAAUCAUCAGAAGGCGAAUAA